UUUGGCCCAUCUCAACCGAAGGAGGCAAAGACGCAACGCGAGGUCUCAUGGGCGACCGGGCCAUUCGUCGUCUCCGUUGUCUUUGUUGCAGAUCGGUGCUCCUCUCACCACCAGGCCGCCACAGCUCGCCGGCUUUCCCCUCCCUGCCAUCGAGCACCACCUGGUACGCUCUCCGCUUGAUCUCCCCUUCCUGCUGCGGAGCCGUGCGAGCAAACCUUAACGUAGUCCGUAGAGCAAACAGAGCAAGGAAAUAGUUUAAGAAUGGCUGCGCGGAGCAGUUCUAUGGUUGCCGAGGAUGACUACGAGACGGAUCAGAAGAAGCAAGCUGCUGCAGAUGUUCUUUUUCACUAUUCACAAUUUGUUAUGGUUUGCAUUGGUGAGGAUGUUCGCCCUACUGAUCUCAGGUUACAUCUUAUGAAGGAAGUUUCAGGAAUGUCCACUUCUCUGAAGGAGCCUCAACAGGCUGCUGCCUCACCGGCUUCCAGUGGGGAACCGUCUUCCUCUGGAACGAUGAAAGGUGACAAGAAUGAAAUCUCCUAAGCUUCAUAAAUUAUUAUCCAACUCAGGACUUCUUCUGUUCCUUACGCACUGAGAAGAUUGUAAUGUUCAGAACUUCGGAUGAUGAGGCUUACUUGCAAUAUAGGAAUGUAAAUAUGUUAGGAACAUUGUUCAUAGCUGUCUGCUGUUCUGCUGCUUUAGCUUCUUUCGUGACAGCCUGCUUCAUGUAUGAAACUUUGAAUCCAUUUUUAUUCAGGGGGCAGUAACGUAAAUGCUGCUGUAUUUUUUUUUAAAUGGCAGGUGAAUAUUGUAUUCUGAAUAAGUCAUGUUUACUAGAAUCGUUGCUGUGGCUUUGAUUGGA